UUAAUUCCCACAUCUCGCAUAAUACUCCAGUCAGCUGACUUGAGGACGCCAUUUUGUCAGCCAUUUCCUCCAUUGAGCCCCUGCCAGCCAGGCGUUUGUGCGCACACAGUAGCCCAGGAGGCUCCGACUCUCUCCGGCCUUCAAGCAGCUUCAUCGGCCGGCCCCCCUCCCGCCCCGGUGCUCACGAACAACCCCGGCAGCAGCAGCAGCAACAGCAGCAACAGCAGCAGCAAGAAGCUCCGGCUGGAUGAGACACAGUCUCCGGGGUCGGUCGACACCCACCGGUACCAGUGACACUGUUACCGCCACCACAAAGCACCGAGCAUGGCUUUGAAGAUUGUCAAAGGGAGCAUCGAUCGGAUGUUCGAUAAAAACCUUCAGGAUUUAGUACGUGGCAUCAGGAACCACAAGGAAGAUGAGGCCAAGUACAUAUCCACUUGCAUCGACGAGAUCAAACAGGAGCUCAAACAGGACAACAUCGCCGUCAAAGCCAAUGCUGUAUGCAAGCUCACCUACCUCCAGAUGCUGGGCUAUGAUGUCAGCUGGGCCGCGUUCAACAUCGUUGAAGUCAUGAGCUCCUCCAAGUUCACUUACAAGAGGAUCGGCUACUUGGCAGCCUCACAGUGCUUUCAUGAGAGCACUGAUGUCAUCAUGCUGACGACUAAUCAGAUCCGAAAGGAUCUCAGCAGCCCCAACCAGUAUGACACAGGCGUUGCCCUCACGGGCCUCUCUUGCUUCGUCACCCCUGACCUGGCUCGGGACCUGGCCAAUGACAUCAUGACACUGAUGUCUCACACUAAACCCUACAUCAGGAAGAAAGCAGUGCUGAUCAUGUAUAAGGUGUUUCUCAAGUACCCAGAGUCCCUCCGCCCUGCUUUCCCCAGGCUCAAGGAGAAACUUGAAGACCCAGAUCCAGGCGUUCAGUCGGCCGCGGUCAAUGUGAUCUGCGAGCUGGCCCGGAGGAAUCCCAAAAACUACCUGUCGCUGGCACCACUUUUCUUCAAGCUCAUGACCUCCUCCACUAACAAUUGGGUUCUUAUUAAGAUCAUUAAGUUGUUCGGUGCGCUCACUCCUCUGGAGCCCCGCUUGGGGAAGAAGCUGAUUGAACCUCUUACAAACCUAAUUCACAGUACAUCUGCCAUGUCUUUGCUGUACGAGUGUGUGAACACGGUUAUUGCAGUGUUGAUUUCUUUGUCGUCUGGGAUGCCCAACCACAGUGCUAGUAUCCAGCUCUGUGUCCAGAAACUGCGAAUCCUGAUUGAAGACUCUGACCAGAACUUGAAGUACCUGGGCCUUUUGGCCAUGUCCAAAAUCCUGAAGACCCAUCCCAAGUCAGUGCAGAGCCACAAGGACCUCAUCCUGCAGUGUCUGGACGACAAGGAUGAGUCCAUCCGUCUUAGAGCUUUGGACCUACUUUACGGCAUGGUAUCCAAAAAGAACUUGAUGGAGAUUGUGAAGAAACUGAUGCUACAUGUGGACAAAGCGGAGGGAACCACGUACAGGGAUGAACUGCUCACCAAGAUCAUUGACAUCUGUAGCCAGAGCAACUACCAGUAUAUCACGAACUUUGAAUGGUACAUCAGUAUCCUAGUAGAGCUGACCCGAUUAGAGGGCACGAGGCAUGGUCACCUCAUCGCCUCUCAGAUGCUUGAUGUUGCUAUUCGGGUUAAGGCCAUCCGGGUAUUCGCUGUGGCCCAGAUGGCCACCCUGCUGGACAACGCUCACCUGUUAACUGGCAACAUGCAGAGAAAUGGCAUCUGUGAAGUUUUGUACGCGGCAGCAUGGAUCUGCGGCGAGUUCUCAGAACAUCUGGAGAACCCAUUGCAGACGCUAGAAGCCAUGCUGCGGCCAAAGGUGGCCACCUUGCCGGGCCACAUCCAGGCCGUGUACGUGCAGAACGCCGCCAAGCUGUUCGCCACUGUGCUGCAGAGUCAAAACGACAACACAGACGGUACAACUGCGCAAGAAACCAGCCAGCUGAUGAUAGACCGCCUGCCGCUUUUUGUCCAGAGCGCCAACCUGGAGGUGCAGGAGAGGGCAUCUUGCAUCCUGCAGCUGGUGAAAUACAUCCAGAAACUGCAGCAGAAGGAUGUAGAGGUCGCGGAGGAAGUGAUUGCACUGUUUGCCGGAGAACUCAACCCUGUAGCUCCCAAGGCACAGAAGAAAGUGCCUGUCCCUGAGGGUCUAGACCUGGAUGCCUGGAUCAACGAGCCUCCAUCUGAGAGCGAGUCUGAGGAUGAGCAACCCAAGGCUAUUUUUACCAAGGAGGAGCCCAAACAUUCCCGGCCCAGACACACAGAGGUGGACGAGAAGGAGCUGGCGAGGAGAAGAGAAGCCAGGAAACAAGAGCAAGCCAACAACCCCUUUUACAUCAAGGCGUCGCCAUCCUCUCAGAAGGUGUACCAGGACCCCCCUGGAGUGGAGCACAUCCCAGUCGUUCAGAUUGACCUGAGUGUGCCUCUUAAAGUGCCAGGGCUGCCUAUGUCCGACCAGUACGUGAAGCUGGAGGAGGAGCGUCGGCAGAAGGAGAGAGCCGACAAGAAAAAGAAGGAGAAGAAAAAAAAGAGAGAAAAGCGCAGUGGACGGGGGAAGAAACACGACUCUGGCCCGGAGAGCGAGGAGGACAUCACACCGGCGCACAUGGUCGACAUCGUCACAGAGGAGAUGCCAGAGAAUGCCUUACCCAGUGAUGAGGACGACAAGGAUCCUAAUGACCCUCACAAAGCCCUGGACAUCGACCUGGACAACUUGGUGGAAAUGGCUGGGCGCAGGCCUCUUGCAGACGGAGACAAGUUGCCAGUCAGGUCCCACCGCCUGACAGAAGGUCCGAAAAGCCCAGAUAGAGAUGCGGAAACCACCUCGCAGGAAGCCAAGAAGAGGAGCAGCAAAGAGAAGAAGGAGAAAAAGAAGGAUAAAGAGAGGGAUAGGAAGAAGAGCAAAGAAGAGAAAAAGAAGAAAAAACACAAGCAUGAAGAUAAGGGGGUGGAUCUUCUUGGCAAUCAGUCAGACGGGCCUGUCGUCCAAUCAGAGGGACCCAGUGAGGCGGUGGCUCCUCCCACUGCUACCACUGCUGAAGUUUCGGAUUUGGAUUUUUGGCUCUCAAAUGCUGCAGUGCCCGCUAAUGCCCAGGAAUCAAUAACGGUAGCAGCAGAAGCAGCCACAGUAAGCGAGGCAGCUUCUGGCACGGCGCCGAACUCUGAUCCCGACGAGCCCAAAGACGUGGAGACGGAGGAGUCUAAGUCAUCUAAACACAAGAAGAAGAAGCAGAGAAAGGAGAAAGAUGAGAAGGACAAGAAAAAGAAGAAGCACCACCAUCACCACCACAGUGAUGCAGCUGGAGAGGGUUCUGUGCAGAACGGCACAGUGGAGGAUGAAGAACCUCUCCCACCCAUGUCCAAUUACUGCCUCCUAGCAGAGAACUCUUACAUCAAGAUGAUGAUGGAAGAUGCCGAUCAGGUGUAUGAUAUCCAGGGGAACCUACAAGAUGGGAGCCAGGUGGUGGUGUCGGUCAUCUUCGAGAACAAGUGCGACAGCUUCCUAAAAUCCAUGGAGUUCAACGUGCUAGACUCUCUCAACUCCAAGCUGCAGAGGCCGGAGGGAGCGGGUGCGCACGACGGCCUAACCGUUCCCUUCCAGCUCCCGCCUGGGGUGUCCAAUGAAGCGCGCUUUGUGUUCACCGUGCAGAGCAUCGUGAUGCCACAAAAACUGAAGGGAACGCUCACUUUCAUUGUCAAGAAUGAAGACUCCUCAACUCAUGAGAAACUGGACUUCAAACUGCACUUUACUUGUACCUCGUACCUAAUUACCACUCCAUGCUACAGCGAUGCAUUUGCAAAGCUGUUGGAAUCUGGGGACCUGAAGGGCAGCUCUGUCAAAUUGGAAGGCAUCAACAUGCCCUUCCACCACCUUCUGGCCAGGAUCUGCUUCCAUCACCACUUCUCUGUUGUGGAGAGGGUCGACUCCUGCGCCUCCAUGUACAGCAGGUCUAUCCAGGGUCACCAUGUUUGUCUGCUCGUCAAAACCUCUGACCAGACGGUGUCCAUCGAUGCCAAAUGUGACGAGCCUGGGCUGCUUGGGAAUGUGCUGGAUGAGAUCAAGCUGACCUUCUCUCAGUGCUGAUUGUGUCCAACAUCCUCCUUCCCUUCCUCCCUCGUCACUAAAAUACAUCAUGAAAACGUUAAAAACACUGCGGCUGGCACUUCCGCCGUCGCCCUAUUUAUUCAUCUGCCCUCCUCCUCCUCUUCUGCGCCUUUUGCUUUUCUGUCGGCAACAGUCUUGAGCACACUUGAUGUUUUACAGACUCGCCAUGUACUCUCCGUCUUCUACUGCAAUGCACUUUUCCAUUUCCUCUCUACUGAGCUCCUGGAUGUCACUCUUCCUCCGCUUUCCCUCCACUGGCAAUCUGACAGUCAUGUGGCGUAACGUUGACAACUGGACUUUUGCUGUUGAUGGUUGAAUUGCGUUUUUACUGUUUUUGAACAAUUUUGUCAUUUGUGUGUAUUUUUUCUGUCUGAACGCCUGUUUGCGCCUUCUAUUUGUGUGUGUGUGUGUGUGUGUGUGUGUGUGUCUAAACAUCCGGUUGCUGUUUCGGCCUUGGAACCAUGUGACUGUCUCUUUCUGAAAAUGAAAACAGAGGGACUCAUACCCCCCUGCCUGGUCUCCUCUAACCCUAAUGCCUGAUCAGACACAGAAGCAACUUACACUACUCAUAAAAAUGAGUGCUAUUGGGCUUUCGGGCGAAAUUUUAGGAUUAACCUCAAAUGCAAUAUUACCUUUACUGGUGAACUUAAUUUGACCUUGUUUGACCUUUUGAAUGUCCCACUGAUCAAUGUUCAUAAAAUGUACCUUUUACACAAUUUGCUGUUCUCUAACAAGGAGCUCAAUGGCACAAUUCGUAACUGAAACAUUGAGCAGUUGGACGUGCAUUCAAAUGUUUCGAGUAGGUCGAAUUCAGUUUACCUGUAAAGGUUAUACAUUUUGAGAGCAGCAUAUAAGGCACGGUUCUUGUUCCAAUCACUGACACGACUCAGGAUGUACAAUCACUCCUGUCCUGCCUCCUUUUGCCCAAUGAAAGAAUCAAAGAAACUUUGUAAAAAAUAAAUAAAUGAAAAAAUAGGACCAAAAUGGAGAGACACUUGAACACACGCAUCCUCAAAUAGUGACUGUGUGUGUGUGUUGUACACUUAAAACAACGAUGCCCAAACAUUUUUACCAGUAAUCUUUUCAAACUCAUCUUAUAUUACCCUUAAAAAUAAAAAAUGGUGCAGAACAACCACCAGAAGUGCAUGUGUACAUGCACAUGCGGUGAUGACUCUCGUAACUUCUUUCACUAACUACCCAUGCUAAACUCAGCUCCUCCCUGAUGAAAUUUGUUUCUCGGUCGAGCUGUGUCACUUCGACAUAGUUCCUUGGUACCAAAAUGCCACAAGAAUGGCGCCGAAGCCCCAGCUAAUAGAAAAGUGGUAUUACAUUUCUUUUCGACAGGACUUUGCCCAUCUUUGGCUGUUCAAAAUAGAUAUUUUUUUUUUUUCAGUAAAGAACAAAAUAGGCUCAAAAUUAAAUCUGCGAUUAGCAAACAGCAUAUAGGCGAGGGAACAGUAUAGAUGCAUUUGAGAUUCCUAGGGUGCCAAUGGUCCUUAUUUGUAUCUCGAGAGGCAUUUUGUGAUUCAUCAUUACUACAGGCCACCUUAUUUUCCAAAUGUAUCACUACACAAUGAAUAGUAUUAGGCACCACAGCCUCUGUCCUCUUGUGCGCCUGAGUUGGUUUUCCAUUUAUGUCACAGCAGGCCAAACUGGUCUCAGCCUAAAUCUCUGAAGUAGCAAGCUGAAGACCACCCGUCUGUUGUGACGAUGAUGUGUGUCUGUCCACCAUUCCGAAAACUUUUUCUGACUACGUGUGGUCAGCUGUAAAUUGCAGGAAUGUCCAUAGAAAAUAUGUUUACCUGUUCCCGACAAUGACUUAUCAGUGGGGCAUCUCCCUCAAUUGAUUGUCACCUAUUUCUGAUCAUUAUGUUGUUGGAUUACAAUUUGUAUAUUGCAUGAUUUAGGAAUGUACACUUUUUAUUAACAUUUUUUUUUUCCAUGGACAUUUUCAUCCGAUUGUCAUUCUGUUUUGUCCUUUUUUCUUUGUCGUCUUUAUUUUAUUUUUUUUAAUGAAGUAUACUUGGACCAUUAUGGUUUAGUUUUUUAUGCUUUCUAAGUCUUGGGGGGUGGGGGUCGAUGAAGUUGAUUUCAAUUAUUAAAACAAGGGGCAGGGGAAGGGUGGAUUUUAAUAGAAAUCAGGAUGCUGAGGGCAUUGGGGGCUCCCAUUUAAGAACAGGUCAUGUGAUGCAGUUUACUGAGGGUCUACCCGUCUUAAUUCUUUCUCGGUUCGGCCGUAGUGUUCUUUUUAUAACAACAUAUGAUUUUGGCUCGUGACAUUGAAAGUAUAUUCUCCACACCACAGAUUUCCAAAGGUACCGUCGUCUUGUUUCUCCAUACUUUACAAUAUCAUGCGUUUCAAAAGGGGGAUGUGAAUGAUCUUCAUUCCCUGUGAAGAUUACCCUACUUAAAGUGAAAAUAAAAGCUAUAAGAUGCUA